AUGCAAAAAAUAUUUUUAAUUGCUGGGUUCAUCAUAUUUAGCGUGGGCAACGGGAUCUUUAGAAGAUAUUUAGCCGCAUGCUAUUCAUCCAUUACCUUUAUAAUAUUGCUGCAAGGGCUGGUGCAGUUUACCGCGGCCCUUUGUGCAGCAAAGAAAUAUUCAUUUCGUAGUAAAAGGAUACUUUUUUUGGUAAUAUGCAGCUACGUAUCGCAUAUAAUUGUGUGGGUAUCAAACAAAAAAUUGACAUCCAUCGCAUACGCCCUCACAGAACCAUCAAAAAUUUUAUUUGUGGUCGUACUAUCGAUGUUCAUGUUAAAACAGCGAUAUACUGGCCUGCAAUACCUUGGCGUGUUUAUGAUAAUUCUUGGCAUUAUGGCAUCCACAUUGGGGAAAAGCGAUAACCCUAACGUGGACAAACCACUUUACUACUUUGGCUUGGCACUGUUUGGUUGUUUUUCAGCCGCACUGAGCAGUGUCUUUUUCGUAAUGUCGUUUCCAAGAAAUUCUAUCAAAUUUUGGGAUUAUAUCUUUACUUUCAGCCUAUACGGCCUUUUACUGUGCACUGCUGGGUUUCUGCUUGAAUUGAAAUUGGUGAAGGAACUCGCAGUAGAGGACAUAUCCUGUGAUUUGAAAGUGCUAGCGAUGGCAGUCACCACAACGAUCGAGUACCUGGGAUAUAGAUUUAUAGGGUUCUGUACAUGUCCAGUGGAGAAAAAUCUGAUUGUUAUCAUCAUUCAGGUAUCCAUUCCAAUUUUUUACAACGCGUUCUUCAAGAAAGAAUUUAAUAAAAUUGAUAUUAUCGCUUGUGUUGUAAUCUACACAGGCACAUUCAUCUUUGAACUGAAGAAUUUCUUAGCUUAUUUCCAUAAAAAAAGAAAUUAGUAAUACUUCUGUUCUUUACUCAACAGCCGAUGGCUUCUACCAAGCAAUGUUUUUUGAGCGGUUGUACACGCCGAACAGCAAUAUUUCUAUGUGCA